AGGUAAUUAUGUCGCUACUCGUGUUAGUGGCGGUUAUCAACAUUUUCUAUGCUCACGUCACAACUAAGGAGAUAGAGAAAGAAGAUGACAGAACGACAUAUGUAUGCUUUCAAGGAAAUUGUGUUGCAAAAAUUACCCUCGAUGGCCUGAACAAAAGUACAAAUUCUACAACAUUUCAAUCAAUGGAAAACUGCCGAUUGCUAUGUGGGAAAUAUGGUAAUCUUUGGCCUUUACCUACACUGGCUGGUGAACUUGGGAGUGAAUUAGUGCCGGUCAGCCCGAAAAAAAUGUAUCUCACAAAGGAAUGUUGUGGAGGAGAAGUUGAAACUUUUAUGAAUGAGGUUUUUGAAAUAUUCCGCGAUAAUUUAGUAACCGAAUGUGGGGGAGACCCAAUCGCUCCAUCGAGUGUGGCUGUUAAUGUAAGAUAUAAAGUAUCUGAAGAAAAUCUCGUACUUAAUAUGACAACAAAUGAAGAAUACAAGCUGCGAGUUUCACAUGUACCUGGUAACAAUAUUGAUGUUGAGAUUGUUGCAAAGACUGUAUUUGGAGCAAGGCAUGCUUUGGAGACUCUCUCCCAACUGACUGGCAGGCGCCGCAGUCCCAAAUCAAUCUGUAGCGUGUAUAUGAUGACGUCAGCACUAAUCAGGGACAAGCCAGUCUUCGGACAUAGAGGUGUUCUUAUUGACACCUCUAGGCACUAUAUUCCAAUGGCCGAUCUCGAAAGAACAAUCAGAGGUAUGGCAGCGAACAAACUUAAUGUUCUUCAUUGGCAUGCCACUGACACCCACAGUUUUCCCCUUGCUCUCAGCAAAGUUCCUGCUUUAGCAGAGUUGGGAGCAUAUUCACCAAAGGAAGUGUAUACUGAAAAAGAUAUAAAAUAUCUAGUCGAUUAUGCAAAAUUCAGAGGUGUCAGAAUUCUAAUGGAGAUUGAUUCACCAGCUCAUGCAGGUAAUGGUUGGCAAUUUGGUGAACAAGAAGGUCUUGGAAAGUUAGUUUUAUGUCGAAACAGUCCUCCUUGGCAAGCAUCCUGUGUCCAACCACCUUGCGGUCAAAUGAAUCCUGCAAAUGAUAAUUUAUACAAAGUUUUAGGUGGGGUUUAUAAAAAUUUGCAAGAUUUGAUUCCAAGUGAGGAUAUUUUUCAUAUGGGAGGUGAUGAGGUCCAUUUAGGAUGUUGGAACUCAUCUGAUGAAAUAAUAAAUUAUAUGAGGCUUCGUAAAUAUCCUAGGACCACCGAAGGGUUUAUGCAGCUAUGGACUGAAUUUCAUAAAAAAGCACUUCAAACCUGGGAUGCAGCUAUCGGGCAUUCUAAUACAAAAGUUGUGCUAUGGACUAGCGAUCUAACCAGACCUGAAACUAUCACAAAUUCCUUAGAUAAAGAUAGGUAUAUAAUUGAAGCUUGGACUAGUCAAUUUGAUAGUAUUCCAAGAGAACUCAUAGCUUUAGGUUAUGGGUUGAUUUAUGCUAGUACAGAUGUUUGGUAUUUAGACCAUGGCUUUUGGGGAAAUACAUUGUAUCAUAAUUGGAAAAAAGUCUACGAUUACAAGAUUCCAGAAUUUCCUAAAGUUUUAGGAGGAGAAGUUUCCCUUUGGAGUGAGUAUGCAGACUCUAACAAUAUGGAUACCCGUAUAUGGCCUAGGGCAUCGGCCUUAGCUGAAAGGUUAUGGUCCUCUCCGACGACUGACUCGAGCGUGGCCACGUAUCGCCUGCUUGAGAUGAGGGAAAGGAUGAUAAGAAGGGGAAUAGCAGUGGAUCAAAUCAUACCUCAAUGGUGUUAUCUCAAUGAAGGACUGUGUUAG